AUGAGAUUUUCGGAAACUCCCUAUGGAUACAGCAUUUCCUUCUCUCUCUCUCUCUCUCUCUCUCUCUCUCUCUCUCUCUCUCUCUCUCCUUUACAUAUUGCUCCUACAUUGACUCAUCUGCAAGGACGCCCCACCCCCGCUCGUUCCUUACUCUCACUCCAUCUAAUGUCCGAAUCGCUCCGCCCUUUUUUUUUUACCGUCUUCCCCUUCUUCAUUAUCUUUUAUCUCUUUCUCUCUUCCUACAAUAAAUUCUUUCUUCUUUUUCUUUCCCCCUUUAUACUCCUCUCAAAAUCUGUCUCUCUUUCUUUUUUUAAUCAUUUUCUACCAAAACUAUUUUCAUCGACUUUUUUCUUUUCAUAUAUAAUUGUCUUUUUCUUUUUUCUUCUUUUAAGUCUUCUUUUCUUUCUUUCUUUCUUUCUUUCUUCGAAUCCUUUUCUACCAGGUUUUUCUCUUUAUAUAAUUUUCAUUUUUCCUUCUUUCUUUCUUUCUUUCUUUCUUUCUUUCUUUCUUUCUUUCAAACAUUUUCCAGCAGGCUUUUUUCUUUAUAUAAUUUUAAUUUUUCUUUCUUUUUCUUUCUUUCUUUCUUUCUUUCUUUCUUUCUUUCUUUCUUUCUUUCUUUCUUCUGCUUCUUCCCCUUUCUUUCCUUGA